AUGGGCCCCUGUACCGCCUCCUCAUGCUGCUGCCAGGCCUGUAAUCUGCCAUGGGCCCCCGUACCGACUCCUCAUGCUGCUGCCAGGCCCGUAAUCUGUCAUGGGCCCCUGUACCGCCUCCUCAUGCUGCUGCCAGGUCCAGAGUGUGUCAUGGGUCCCUGUACGGCCUCCCAUUGCUGCUGUCUCCAUCGCCACACUCUGCCAUGUGCCACUUUCAGGUCUCCUCACACUGCUGGUGGGUUCCAUUUUUUCAUAGGGUGCUGUAUGGCCUCCCAUUGCUGCUGCCUCCACCGCCACACUGUGGCUCCACACUCUGGUUUUGGCCCCGUGACUGCCCAAAUGAGUGAAGUGUGCGGUGAUUCUAAGAUCGACGGCACUCAUCUGCAUGUCAUACUGACUGACAGUAUUAUUUCUCUUCCCCAGCAGACUCCAAGGGCAUUUAAAUUAAAGGUACAGUGUUCUGCACUAAUAUAA